CUAUAACGCUUUUUGUCCUCUCUUCUGGUGCUGCUUGUGACAGUCAGCGGUGGAGCGUGCAGAGAGUUCGGUUCAUAAGAAGCUGCGUGAGUGUACUCCAACAUUUCCAGAAGAUGUUCUCCAUGUUGCACUUGUUGGUGCUCACGAGCAUCAUGGGAUGCGUUGAACUGAUCACAGUCACGACACCACAGAAAUAUGUCAAUGUUACAAGGGGUGGAAGUGUCAAACUCCAGUGUAUGUUUGUGACUAUCCAAGAGACCAACGGCCUCAAUAUCCAGUGGGAUUUUGUCCCAUCAUCCUCCUUGACGCAAGAGCAGGUGUAUUACUUUCAGUCAGGAAAGGAUGUGAUUGCGAAGCCUUACGAGGGCAGGAUUCAGCCGCCCUCCUCUCCGGGCUCCACCAGAAACGCCUCAAUAAUCAUAAGCAACAUGCAGCCAUCAGACGCCGGAGUCUACUCGUGUGAGGUUCACAACUUUCCUGAUGUGGACGGACAGUCUCAGGUCAACAUCAUUGUGAAUGUUCUUGAGAGGCCGUCCUAUCCUUUCUGCGCCGUCCACGGUGACAUUGAAUCGGGUCACCUGGUCACUCUGACCUGCCACAGUGAGCAUGGAAGCCCGAAACCUACGUACACCUGGACCCGACUGGACCAGACUAAGACCAGGAGGCCGGUACUGGGAAGAACAACCAAAACUGGAAUACUGGAAAUCAGAAACAUUUCCCAGUUUGAGUUUGGGGAAUACCAGUGCAAUGCUACCAAUGUGGUGGGCUUUUCAAUUUGCACUGUAGAUCUGAGUCCUGAGGUGGGAGACGGAGUGAUUGCUGGAGCAGUGAUCGGCGCUCUGCUCGGCUGUGUCCUCAUCAUCCUGGUGGUGUGGUUCAUCGCUCACACCAUGAAGAGGCACAAAUACAGGGCGGUGAAAGCAUCAGAGGGCAACGAGAUGAGGAGGAGCUCUCCCCCGGCCCAGGGAGCAGCAGACAGCGUUCCCGUGGCAACCGCAGCCAGCAAUGUCCAUGCUGAGGCAGAUGAGCCACAAGCCUAAAGACAAAAAGGCAACUGGUCUGAACAACAAGAUUUUCAGUCUUUAAUCAAUAUGAUGAAGCUCAUGUUCAUGUGGGAUGUUUUGCUUUUUGUCCUUUUGACUAUAAAUUCCGUCUUUUACGGCUUUUUUUUAAUUAUUAUUUUUGUUUGAUGUUCACUCAGACCUUUGCUGGAUGCAGAUCUUCUUCUGACACGGUGUAGACACACACAAAAGAAGCAUUUUUACAACAUGUUUCUUGUACUUUUACUUGUUUGUUUUACCAUUUUCAUAGUGACAAUCAAUACAUGUUGAUGACUCAUUCUUAGGUUAUGUUAUAGCUGAACCUAUAUUUGAAUUUACCUCAUUCACUACAUAAAUACAUUUUAUAACACAUAAUACUGAGUCUGCAUCAUGCAAACAAUCACUGUCAUAAUAACAUAAUAACUGCAGUUAUAAUACUGGAAACAAACUCGUUGCAUGUUUUUAUCUCUUAAGCCAACUUUUUUAAUUGGAUCUGAAUCCAGUAAUAAAAACGUACAUUCAAAUAUAAUCUUCAAAUGAUAAAAUAUCUUAAAUUAGAACCACAAUAUAAAACUUUUGUGUUUGUUUUUACAGUUAAUGAAUAUUACAAACUAAUUCCUGAAGGGGAAGAUGAGCGAACCUCCGCAUCACUCUUUCAUUGAUCUUUGAUGAUACAAAUUGUCAAGCAGCUGUGGAUGAAGUGUGACUAUUUUGUGCGUUAACAGGCACAGAUCCUGAUUAAAUAAAACAUUGUGUUUUCUGA